AUGAAUUUCCUCCGGAGGCGCCUGUCUGACAGCAGCUUCGUGGCCAACCUGCCUAAUGGCUACAUGACAGACCUGCAGCGCCCAGAUAGCUCCACCAGCUCCCCCGCCUCCCCAGCCAUGGAGAGGAGAGCCCAGCCCCUGGCCGCCUCCUUCUCCUCCCCAGGAUCCAGCCUUUUUAGCUCCUUCUCCAGUGCCAUGAAGCCAACCUCGCAGGCUCCCUCAGGUUUGAUGGAGCCUCCACCUCCCCCUACACCUGUUGUUCAAAGGCCCAGGGUCCUCCUGGUGAUUGAUGAUGCCCAUACAGACUGGCACGGUGAAGUCCUGAGUGUAAUUGAUGUUGUCCUCAGGGUCGAAGAGGCCCUCGUCAGCGUCGCGGGUGCAGCCAUGCAGAUCUUCGAGGUAGGGCACGACUGUCAUGCUGCGCCACCAGUCACUGGUGUCUGGGUUGGGCGGGAUGGGCACCAGCGCCUCAGCCAGCGGGUGCUUCUUCCGGAACCAGAUGUGCUGCCGGAUCUGCUGGAUAGAGAGCCUCCUGACUGGCUGGUACUCAAGCAUCCUUCUCAGCAGGUCAGAGAGCAGCGGGCCACAGUCACCUGGAAUCGUGUAGUCCCCCUUCCUGAUGUUCUGGAACAGCUCAUAGAUGGUGUCCCCAUUAAAAGGGUGCAGGCCCGUGGUGAUGAUGUAAAGCGUGACCCCUGCCGACCAGAUGUCCGCCUUAAACCCAGAGAAGGUGUCCUGGCCGUUCACGAUCUCGGGUGGCUGGAAGGCUGGCGAGCCCUGGCUGAUCCGGCAUGUGUCGUCCUCGGCAAACGGGUGCAGGGCCUCGGCCGCGCCCAGGUCGGAGAUCUUGAGCGUCCCACUGGUGGUGAGCAGCAAGUUCCCGGGCUUGAUGUCCUUGUGCACGAUGCCCUGGCUGUGCAGGUACUCCAGCCCAUCGAUGAGCUGGCAGAAGCUGAAUUCGCAGAGUUGAACCUAGCUGCCUAUGUUACUGGGGGCUGUAUGGUGGACACGCAAGUCAUGAGAAAUGGAACCAAGGUUGUGAGUAGGUCAUUCAAGCCAGACUUCAUCCUGGUGCGCCAGCAUGCCUAUAGCAUGGCCCUGGGCGAAGACUACCGCAGCCUGGUCAUCGGCCUCCAGUAUGGAGGGCUGCCAGCUGUCAACUCCCUCUACUCUGUCUACAACUUCUGCAGCAAGCCCUGGGUGUUCUCUCAGCUUAUUAAGAUCUUCCAUUCCCUGGGUCCUGAGAAGUUCCCACUUGUGGAGCAGACGUUUUUCCCCAACCAUAAGCCAAUGCUCACAGCCCCACACUUCCCCGUGGUGGUCAAGCUGGGACAUGCCCACGCUGGAAUGGGAAAGAUCAAAGUGGAAAACCAACAUGACUAUCAGGACAUCACCAGCGUGGUAGCCAUGGCCAAAACCUAUGCCACCACCGAGACCUUCAUUGACUCCAAGUAUGACAUCCAUAUCCAGAAAAUUGGAUCCAACUACAAGGCAUACAUGAGAACCUCAAUCUCUGGGAAUUGGAAGGCUAAUACAGGCUCUGCCAUGCUGGAGCAGGUGGCCAUGACGGAAAGGUACAGGCUGUGGGUGGACAGCUGCUCGGAAAUGUUCGGUGGCCUGGACAUCUGUGCUGUCAAAGCCGUCCACAGCAAGGAUGGCAGAGAUUACAUCAUCGAGGUGAUGGACAGCUCAAUGCCCCUGAUUGGAGAGCAUGUGGAAGAGGACAGACAGCUGAUGGCCGACCUGGUGGUCUCCAAAAUGAGUCAACUCCUGAUGCCAGGGGGCACAGUGCCCUCUCCUUGGGCUCCACAAACAAAGUCAGCAAAAUCUCCAGGACAAGCUCAGCUGGGGCCUCAGCUGGGACAGCCCCAGCCACGUCCACCCACACAAGGAGGCCCUCGCCAAGCUCCAUCUUCUCAGCCCCCGAGAUCUGGAAGCCCCUCCCAACAGAGGCUCUCCCCACAAGGCCAGCAGCCUCUGAGCCCCCAGUCUGGAUCUCCACAGCAGCAGAGGUCACCAGGUUCUCCACAGCUGUCCCGGGCAUCCGGUGGCAGCUCACCAAACCAGGCCUCCAAACCAGGCCUCACCUCUCAGCCCCGGCCCCCCGUUCAGGGCCGCAGCAGCUCCCAACAGGGUGAAGAGUCCAAGAAAUCAGCACCACCCCACCCCCAUCUCAACAAAUCCCAGUCCCUGACUAACAGCCUCAGCACAACCGACACGUCCCAGCGCGGGAUCCCAAGCGAAGACGAGGCCAAGGCCGAAACCAUCCGCAACCUGAGGAAGUCCUUUGCCAGCCUGUUCUCUGACUAACCCCAUCCAGGGUGGGUAGGGAGGGUGUGCGC